AGCGACUCCAUAAAAUCCCCACUUAUAACUUUGGCUACAAAGCUGGAUCGCUGCAAUAAUGGAAGCUCAGAGAGACAGAGAGACUGUCCUUGAUCAAACAGGAGCAGUAAGAAGGUCGAUCUUACCAGAAUACUUUGAAAGAACAUCUCCUAUGACCCCAACUCUAACCUGGGUAUAUGCUUCUUGUCUAAUUUCAGCACAAUAUUUAUAUGAUCGGAACUAUCUUUAAAUUAUACGUUCCUUAUUAAGUCUCGAAGUGAACUAUUCACACAAA